AUGGAUGUAAGGCUCUACGACGCCUGUGCCAGCGGUGACCUGACGGAGUUACAGCGUUUGGCGGCUGCCGAUCCAGCCAUCCUCAACCUAGUGUUGCCGUCUUCCGGCUGCACACUACUGCACAUGGCUGCCGAAUCAGGGCAGCUAGAGAUCGUCCACUACCUGCUGGGCAGGAAGCCCGAGCUUAUGGAAGAGACUUAUGGGGAGCAGAAGCUAACACCAUUACAUUUGGCAGCAAUUAACGGCGGCACAGACAUCAUCGGUGCGAUUCUGGAUCGGAAACAUAAGGCCAUCGAACAAGAGACGAGUGCUGGAGAGAACAUCCUGCAUUUAAUGGCGAAGAAUGGUCAGCACCAGGCGUUUACGUGUACGUUCCUGAGUUAUCAUUUGCGGGAACUAGCUGAGAAAACCGAUGAAGAUGGAAACACCAUUCUACAUCUCAGCGUUAAGAGCAGAUCCGUAAAGGAAAAGGCGGUGGGUGUGAACGUUUGCAACAAAGCUGGAAAGACUGCUCUCAACAUUGCCAUUGAAGAGCACCAUUAUCCUGAAUCUGAACAAAUGAUUGUUGUCCUUCGGGAAGCAAGUGGCAUGACAGGACUCGAAGUCAGAUCGUGGCUUCGACGCGAGGUGCCGGACGAGCAGCUUCACGGGGUCCAGAACACUAUCGUUGCGGUUGCAGUUCUCAUUGCAACGCUGGCGUUCUCGACGUGGAUGAAUCCGCCGGGCGGUGUGUACCAAGACGGUCGUCUGGCAGGGAGGGCCAUCCUGACCACCCGCCCUCUCUUCCCCGCCUUCAUGGCCUUCAAUGUGGUUGCGUUACUCAGUUCCCUCGUCAUUAUCGUGACACAGUCCAGCUUGGUGGCCUUCCCCAAGGAUAGCCUCAUCUAUCGGUGGAUCGUUCUCAGGACACUCUUGGCCGCAUCCAUCACAUGCUUAUUGAUGGACUACGUGAUCGCUGCUUGGAUGAUAUACGGCUCCGGAAGUAAAAAGACUCCACUGAUGGUCAUUCUCUCCAUAGUUGUUGGGGCCAUCAUCUCCGCGACCAUGGCAAAUUACCUUUUCCUUAAGCAGAGGAUCAGGAGGGUGAGGAAUCUCAACUUGACUAAUCUAUAG